AUGAAUGCAAAUGAACGGCAACAACAAGAAAGUGUUCGAAUAUUAUAUACCUCUGCCUCCAAAUUGAAACAGAAGUUGCAAGAUCUCCUCGUAACCUUACAAACACAGCGCGAAACUUACGACUGGCCGAAAUACUUAAACACACUUGGCUUGUGUGCCUCCGAAUUGGUUGAAAUACGUAAGGUCUUGGAAUCUGAGCGUUUUUCACUUGCUCAAGCACUCGUGCUCACACCUGUUCGACUGAAUCCCGAACCAGACCCAGCUCUUGCAAAGGCGACAGAUGAGCGCUUACCUCGUUUCGACCACGAUACCGCUCCACAGUAUUUGAGAACGAAACUGGCCCCUCAGGUAGAGUCUCAGCGCAUGGCCCAAAAUGCCAAAGCCUCUGCUAUUCCUCCGGAGCAGGCAACGAAAUUGGUUAAUUUAUCCAAUAGGCUGCUUGACUCUGGACUGAAGGAAGUUAACGCCCUAAAACAGGAGCUGGAGACAGACUUGAGCGAGAAGACAUUCAAGUCCUCUGUUAAUCUGGACGAUCUUUUCACACUCGUCGCUGCUAUUACAACCGGAGCAAACCUUAGCGGAAAGCCUGCCCCCCAGGACACUUGUAAAUGA